UAAAACGGUUACAUCUGUCGAUCCGUCGAACGUUCCUGAAAGUGCUCGUAGCUAUUUAACUAUGACUGGCGGACAUUGUCCAGCAAGAUCGUACCGUUACUUUCGAUCUCGAGGCAUUGAAGUCUCCAGAUUUGAAAGACUUCCUUCAAUACUUUACUGCGUUUUAGAAUCUUACUAAACAUUUUAUGGAAAUUUAAUAAAUUCUAUUUAACAAACGGUUUGAAUGAAUCCAUAACAAAGAGAAAUCCAUAAUAUUAAUAUCAACGAGACUGUUAUUCGUUUUUUAUGGCACUGUUGAAUAAUGUUAAAUUUUAAACGACGUUUGCCGCCGUCAUUAUCCAUGCAGAACCGUAUACGGGGAAAUUGAAGGUUUUCUUGUAUUUUCACCGAUUAUCGAACACAAGUAGACUUAUUAUACCUCGUAACCGGAGGAUUUAUAUUUGCUCUUAGCUCGUAGAAAUAGUUACUGGUUGUUGCAAGAGGAAACGUUAACGAUCAUUGCGUACUCGACUUUAUUACACGUUCGUCGAACUCUUUCACUUCUUUUUUCAAUAAUUCAUGGUAUCGUUGAUGAUUUUCAGCUAAAAUUCAGUCAACGUUUUGCUCUCGAUAAACUCCUAUUUUAUCGUUUUUUCUUUUUGUUUUAAAUCAGGCAAAAUUUUUGUUUAGAAAUUCAGAUUUAUUAUACUGUUCCCGCGAAAUGUAUAUCAAACUGUUUGAAUGUUCCGUUGGCUAUACUAGGGAGAUUUCAUAGUAUCCAUUCUUGCCAACUGUGAGAUCUUAACUCUCGCGACGAACUUCAACGAUCUGUUGUUGUUAUCAAGAUAACCUUCAUUUCAUAGUGGUUACAAAUAACAACAUUAUUAAGAAAUGGUGAAAUUAACGCCAGAUUUAAUACAACAAUCUAUGCAGUAUAUAAAUCCUGUAAAGGAUCGUGAAUUGGAUCUGAGAGGAUACAAAAUACCUACGAUCGAAAACUUGGGCGCAACUCUGGAUCAGUUUGACACUAUAGAUUUCUCAGACAAUGAUAUUAGGAAGUUGGAUGGGUUUCCUUUAUUAAAACGAAUCAAGACGCUCUUUUUCAACAAUAAUCGUAUUGUUAGAAUUGGGGAAGGAUUGGAGCAUUGCAUACCAAACUUAGAAACCCUUAUGCUAACUGGAAAUAUGAUUCAAGAACUUGGUGACUUGGAACCACUGACCCAGUUAAAGAAUUUGACUAAUCUUUGUCUACUACAAAAUCCAGUCUCUGCAAAACCUCAGUACAGGCAAUAUGUCGUAUAUAGGUUUCCACAACUUAGGCUUCUAGAUUUUAGGAAAAUUAAAAUGAAGGAGCGCGAAGCUGCAGUUGCUUACUUUAGAAGUAAGAAAGGAAAAGAAAUGGUUCGGGAGAUAGCUAAAAAGGCAAAAACACAAGCUACUGGUGCAUUUACGGAUAAACCUUUAACCACACUAGAGGAACGCAACAAAAUUAGGGAGGCUAUUACGAAUGCUUCUUCCCUUGAAGAAGUACAACGUCUUAGUAAAUUGCUUCAAGCUGGACAUAUGCCUAAUGAGGAAAGGCUACAAACUGGAAACAAUAUACCUGAAGCAAUGGAAGAAGAGGAUGAUUAAAUUUUUCAGAUACAAUAAAACAAGAAUGAUCUUUUUUAUUGCUGUAAGUAUUUGAUUGAUACUCUUCGCAGAAGCAAGAACAGUUUGUUAAGCUAAUAAGAAAUGUGCUACACAACUUGAAUGUUUGUUAAGAAAUAAUUUAAAUUUUCAAGAAUAAAAUUAUUGAUAUAACCUAAUUGCCCUGAAGCGAUUUUAUAAAUGAAUAUCAGGCUACCAAUCACCUUUCAAAUUCUUUACAAUUUUUAAUAUAUGUAUAUGUUUAUUUCAGCGAUAUUUGAAUAAAUCGUUUCUUCUAAACUUCGUACAUAUAUCCCUUUUUCCAUGUAAAAUUAAACAUUCAAACUUACCUAUUCAAAGUAGUCGAACUUGUCA